AUCGUUAAUCAGCACCAGUCGUCAUCAUCAGUCAGCUUGCAAAACUAUACGGAUUGUAAUUGCGUGUUAUUAUUGCUAUAAACUGCGUUCAUAAUUAUUUAAGAAGUGUCUAUUAUAGAAUUUAAAGCCUAACUAACUGCAAACAUGUCCUACGCGUAUUUGUUUAAAUAUAUUAUCAUUGGCGACACUGGCGUUGGUAAAUCAUGUCUGCUGCUGCAGUUCACGGACAAGCGCUUCCAGCCGGUGCAUGAUCUGACAAUUGGCGUGGAGUUCGGCGCACGCAUGAUCACCAUCGAUGGCAAACAAAUUAAAUUGCAAAUCUGGGAUACAGCCGGCCAAGAGGCAUUCAGAUCUAUCACACGAUCGUAUUAUCGUGGAGCGGCAGGCGCUCUGCUUGUCUAUGACAUCACAAGGCGAGAAACCUUUAACCACUUGACCACAUGGCUGGAGGAUGCGCGUCAGCACUCAAACUCCAACAUGGUCAUCAUGCUCAUUGGCAACAAAAGCGAUCUGGACUCGAGGCGUGAGGUGAAAAAGGAGGAGGGCGAGGCAUUCGCACGCGAACAUGGCCUAGUCUUUAUGGAGACAUCGGCACGCACGGCGGCCAAUGUGGAGGAGGCCUUCAUAAAUACAGCCAAAGAGAUUUACGAGAAGAUACAGGAGGGUGUAUUCGACAUAAACAAUGAGGCAAAUGGCAUUAAAAUCGGGCAACAGGCAACGCCCACAAAUCCAGCGCUACCCGGCGCCGGCGGUGCGGGUGGUGCGGUUAAUAGCGGCUGCUGCUAGGAGUAAUAUGUUUUUUGCCGUUGCCUGCACUUUGGAUAUCCGUAGCCGACAGCUGAUAGCCGCUUCUGUAAAAGCUACUAGUGACUAACUCUUAGAAGGUAGUGGAUGCAGACCUAUUGUUUUCAUUUUUUUUUAUUCAAGUAAAGGAAUAACCGUAAAAAUAAACUUAGCUGCAAAGAAAUAGUUAAACCGCAAAACUAGUGAAACGAUAUCGACACUAAGCGUAAUGUUAAAAAAAAACCAGAACGAACAGAAAACUAAAAUAAUCGCUGAAAAUGAAAUAGUAAAAACAUAAAAUAAACUAUUCAUAAAUGCAUCAUUAAAUUCAAUUUUAAAUAAACUACAGAUUAACAAUUGUAUAUGUAAAAUGUGUCGUGCGUGAUUUCUAAAUUUUGUAAACUUUAAACAUACGUAUAUAUGAAACAAAAAACAAAACAACAAAAUACAAAUAUUUUUGUGUAAAUUUAGUUAGUUCGCUAGUUACAUUUUGGCUGAGCAGUAAUUGAUGAAUGGCGUGUAAAAUACAUAUACAUAUAUUACAUAUUCUAUAUUAACGUACUAUA